GACGUUAUAGUGACGCAAUGGUUUUGAUUUUAGACGAAGUGUGUUAAUGUAAAAGGAGAGUAACCAAGUUUGUGCAAUAGGUGAUAGUCACAGAUGCUGUAGUGUCUUUGGGAAAUGUGUGUCAAGUCUAAAACAUAGUAAAAGUUGGUGUUCACUACAGUAUGGCAUCCUUUCCUACAUAUAAUCUGGGUCUUCCUUAUAUAGGGAUCGUAGAUGGCGGUUUCCAUCCAGGAAAACUGGUACGGAUCCAGGGAACAGUCUUGCCUUCUGCAAAUAGGUUUUCCAUUAAUCUCCAAUGUGGGCCAAAUGUAUCGCCUCGAGAUGAUAUCGCGAUACAUGUUUCGCCUCGUUUCAAUGAAAACUAUAUUGCAAGAAACUCGUUACAGAAUGUGGCUUGGGGUAUUGAGGAAAAUCAUGGUCCUAUGCCUCUAGCAAGAGGACAAGGAUUUGAAAUAAUUAUACUUUGUGAACCAACCCAUUAUAAGAUUGCAGUGAAUGGACAACAUUACGCUGAAUAUGGUCACAGGAUUCCUUACCAGAGAGUGACUUACCUCGCCAUAGAUGGUGAUGUAACAAUCUCUCUUAUUAAUUAUGAGGGUGGAAGCCGUGUUCCUGGUGGAGGUGUGGGUUUUGUUCCUCCUCUCAUGACUCCCGUGCCUCCGCCCCCUAUGCCAGGAUCUGUGCCAUAUCCCACAAAUCCUACUGCAUACCCCACAGUUCCAGGUGCAGUGCCAUACGGUGCGCCACCCCCAGUUCCAGGCGGUUAUGCUUACCAACCAGGAUAUGCACACGGUUAUCCACCUCCACCACCAGGCUACGUCCAAACCUCACCCUCAAAUAAGGGUAUUCAGGGGUUGUUAGACAAAGCUGGGUCACUAAUCACAGGAAAAUCACACCAUGGUCAUGGUGGAAUUGGGACAGCACUGGGUGCAGGUGUGGCAGGUGCGGCUUUGACGGGACAUCUGAGUCCAAAAAAGGCGUACAAAGCGCAGAAGAAAUCUCAUAAAAAGGCGCUGAAAUAUGGUCUUCCAGUUGCAGGGUUGGGAUUAGGUGCCUAUGCACUCCACAAAGGAUUUCAUCAUGGAAGCAGUUCCAGUAGCUCAAGCAGCAGCAGCAGCGAAGAAGAAUGAGAUUAUUUAUACACACUUGAAAAUUUUACUCAUCGAAUGAAACUCCUGUUUAUGAAUGUGCUUACACUAAACAGAAAGAAUAAAUCAGAAAGAUUAUACCAGGAAAACAGUUGAUUUGCCCAAAAAUGCAGAUGUGUUGUUUCUCUUCACAGACGUCAUAUAAGUUAUUUUGGUAUUGCUUCUGCAAAUCCUGUAUCAGCUAUUGAUAGGAUUUUGUGUAUAUAUUUGACGUUGAAAUAAAGGUUAUAUAUACAUACACACACAGUGUACCAUUUAAAAUGCAACCCAAAAACAAUCAUGAAAAGUGAGAGAAGAAAUAAAUCACAAUCACACGCAGGUCCACCCCAUCGUAAUAGACUGUAAAGAUCACCCUGGUUGCUAGGUCACAGCCGACACCACUUAUGCAUGAGCUGUGAAGGUGCAAACAUGGUGUAUUCACGAGCAGGUCUAUCUACAUUAAGAAUGGGAAAAAAAAUUCUUAAAUUCUAUAAUCAUUAAUAAAAUACCAGCUCAUAUAUCGUUACAAUGUAUUAAAUCAUGGUUAAAAACUUGUAUGUUCUAUUUCUGCAAGGUGCCUAAUAAAAGCAGCAAUUAUAAUUUUUGAA